AUGAUAGUUUUGCUAAGUGUCACCGUGCUAAUGUUGAGUUUUGGGAAAUUAGUGAUAGGACAUGGAAGACUAAUGGACCCACCUGCAAGAAACUCAAUGUGGAGGUUCGGUUAUCCCAAUCCAGUAAACUACAAUGAUAACGAACUGUUUUGCGGAGGAUAUGCAGUGCAGUGGGAGCAAAACGAAGGCAAAUGUGGCCUAUGUGGAGACCCCCACCACGUAGAGGAGCCCCGGCCCCACGAGGCAGGGGGGCCCUACGCGAAGGGCAUCAUCAGCAGACACUACGGCGUCGGACAAACAAUCGACGUCGAGAUUGAGCUCACGGCCAACCACUACGGCCGGUUCGAGAUCCUGCUGUGCCCCAACAACAAUCCCAAUCAGGAGGCGACUCAGGAGUGUCUCGACAGGUAUCCGUUGUUCGUGGUGGAUAGAAGGGAUACUAGGGACUCGUAUUAUGUGAUUCCAGAGGACGCGAAGAAGAAAGCAGUGUUCAGGUACCAAGUUCAGUUACCCCCUUAUCUGACCUGCACCCAAUGCGUCCUACAAUGGACAUACUACACUGGCAACCAGUGGGGUAUGUGUGAGAAUGGUACCCAGGCUCAAGGAUGUGGAAAAUCAGAGACUUUCAGGAACUGUGCUGAUGUAACAAUACACACAAGCGCAGGUGGUGGUAUACCACCUUUAUUUGUAGAUUCUUUGAAUCCGUAUCAACUAUAUUACAGAGAUUACAGUAAGCCUGCACCUUACAAUGUCGUGCCAUUGGUCGUACGAGAUCAAGUCUGCGUCCCAAGAAGCUUAUACAGGAUGAUUCCCGGAAUGAGGGACUGGUGUCAAUCGAAUUGUUUGAGGUAUCCUCCUAAUUGUCCUCAGGAAAUUUGCCAAUGUCCGAAUACUUGUGAAGCUGUUGGGGAAUACAGAGGAAAUUUGGGAGCUGACGUCCAAUGUAUGGAUCAAUGCUUGGCAUACUCAUCAAAAAGUUGUUCUGCAUCAGAAUGUGUCUGUUAUGAAGAAUGA